CAAAACCCUAGAGAAGAGUCUCCCUCUUCCUUUCUCCUGGCGCCCCGCCCUCUUCGCCCCCUCCUCGUCCUCCUCCAAACCCACUCUACGCUUCUCUCUGCGGCGCCAUCUCCAACCCUAAUCAGAAGAAUGUCGACAAUUACGGAGGGAGGAAGGAGCUAUGCUCGCAGGGACCUGUUACUUAAAAUACAGUCAGAGAUCCAAAAUUAUUGGUACGAAAACAAAGUUUUCGAGGCAGAGCCAGGCAGCAAAACACCAAAGGAAGGUGAGAAGUUCUUUGGCAACUUCCCUUACCCCUACAUGAAUGGCUUACUUCACCUUGGUCAUGCCUUCUCUAUCUCUAAACUUGAGUUCGGUGCUGCCUACCACCGCCUACGUGGCAGUAACGUCCUCUUACCUUUCGCUUUCCACUGUACCGGAAUGCCCAUUAAGGCCUCAGCAGACAAGCUUGCACGGGAAGUAAAGCAGUUCGGAAAUCCACCCGUUUUCCCUUCCGUAGAAGAGGAAGAGAAAUCAAAUUUGGCCCCCGAAGUCACUACCGAGAGCAAAACCGAACCUGAUAAGUUUAAGAGCAAGAGAUCAAAAGCCGCGGCCAAAUCUAGUGGAGAUAAGUCGCAAUGGGAAAUUAUGAGAAGUUUUGGUCUUCCCGAUGAGGAGAUAGCGAAGUUUCAGGACCCAUAUCACUGGCUCACUUACUUCCCCCCUUUGGCGAAAGAAGACCUCAAGGCUUUUGGGUUGGGUUGUGAUUGGAGGCGGUCUUUUAUAACGACUGAUAUGAACCCAUUCUACGAUUCGUUUGUUAGAUGGCAAAUGAAUAAGUUAAAGAACAUGGGAAAGAUUGUGAAGGAUACAAGAUAUACUAUUUAUUCACCAUUGGAUGGUCAACCUUGUGCGGAUCACGAUAGAGCUUCUGGCGAAGGGGUUCUUCCGCAAGAAUAUGUUUUAAUUAAAAUGGAAAUUAUUCCUCCUUUCCCUCAAAAGUUGAAGGUUUUGGAAGGUAAAAAAGUGUAUUUGGCUGCGGCUACGUUAAGACCCGAAACAAUGUAUGGGCAAACAAAUUGUUGGGUAUUGCCAGAUGGGAAGUAUGGGGCCUUUGAGAUCAAUGAGGCUGAUGUUUUUAUUCUUACUGAGCGCGCUGCGCUUAAUCUAUCAUAUCAGAAUUUAUCAAAAAUCCCUGAAAAACCAAUGUGCUUGCUUGAGUUAUCUGGCUAUGAUUUGAUCGGUUUGCCUUUGAAAUCUCCUCUUGCUUUUAAUGAAGUUAUUUACUCACUUCCGAUGCUCACUAUUUUAACGGAUAAAGGAACCGGUAUAGUGACAAGUGUUCCGAGUGAUUCACCCGAUGAUUAUAGGGCAUUGCAAGAUUUAAAAUCAAAGCCAGAUUUCAGGAAGAAAUACAGAGUUAAUGAUGAGUGGGUUUUGCCAUUCGAGGUAUUUCCGAUAAUUAAUAUCCCAGAAUUCGGGGAUAAAUCGGCAGAAAAGGUGUGUAACGAUCUUAAGAUCAAGAGCCAAAAUGACAAAGAGAAGCUUGCGGAGGCAAAGAGGCUUACAUACUUAAAAGGUUUCACUGAUGGUACAAUGUUGGUAGGAGAAUUCAAAGGGAAGAAGGUUCAAGAAGCGAAGCCGUUAAUUAAGAGCAAGCUUCUGGAGGCUGGCUUAGCAGUUUUGUACAGUGAGCCCGAAAAGAAAGUAAUCUCGCGAUCAGGGGAUGAAUGUAUAGUGGCCCUCACGGAUCAGUGGUACAUUACCUAUGGUGAGGAAGAGUGGAAGAAAAAUGCUGAGGACUGCUUAGAAAAUAUGAACACUUUUUGUGAGGAAACAAAAAAUGGGUUCAGACAUACAUUAAGCUGGUUGAAUCAGUGGGCCUGUUCGCGAUCUUUUGGGCUCGGAACUCGAAUUCCUUGGGAUGAGCAAUUCCUUGUCGAAUCACUUUCUGAUUCUACCCUUUACAUGGCUUAUUACACCAUUGCCCACAUCUUGCAAAAUGGUAAUAUGUAUGGCUCAGAUAAUUCUUCAAUAAAGCCUGAACAGAUGACUGAUGAAGUUUGGGAUUAUGUCUUUUGUGGUGGGCCCGAACCAAAAUCUGAAAUACCAACUUCUUUGCUGCAAAAGAUGAAGCAAGAAUUUGAAUAUUGGUACCCGUUUGAUCUUCGAGUGUCAGGUAAAGAUCUUAUACAAAACCACCUUACAUUUUGUAUUUAUAAUCACACAGCUCUUUUACCCAAGAAGCACUGGCCUCCCGGCUUUCGGUGUAAUGGGCAUUUAAUGUUAAAUUCGGAGAAAAUGUCGAAAUCCACUGGAAACUUCCGGACCCUUCGCCAAGCCAUAGAAGAGUUCUCAUCAGACGCCACUAGGUUUUCUCUUGCGGAUGCAGGGGACGGAAUGGAUGAUGCAAAUUUUGUUUUCGAAACUGCAAAUGCCGCUAUUUUAAGGCUUACGAAAGAGCUUACAUGGAUGGAAGAAGUUUUGGCUGCUGAAAAUUCAUUGCGAGAAGGCCCCCCAUCCACUUAUGCUGACAAGGUAUUUGCCAAUGAGAUAAAUUAUGCAGUUGUGUUGUCCGAAAAGCACUUCAAUGCUUUUAUGUUCAGAGAAGCACUUAAGACCGGCUUUUACGACCUUCAAGCUGCGAGAGAUGAGUAUAGAUUUUCAUGCGGGGCAGGAGGAAUGAAUCGAGACCUUCUUUUCCGGUUUAUGGAUGUUCAGACCCGGCUUAUAGCUCCUAUUUGCCCACAUUAUGCUGAGCAUGUUUGGAAAAACCUCUUGAAGAAACAAGGGUUUGUGAUAAAAGCAGGGUGGCCAGAAGCAGAAGCCCCAGACCUUACUCUCAGAAUCGCUAACAAGUAUUUGCAAGAUUCAAUAGUUUUGAUGCGAAAGCUGCUUCAGAAGCAGGAAUCGGGUCCCAAAAAAGGUAAAAAAGGGGCUCCUGCUCCUCCAGCAGAGGAAAACAAGUUAACAGCAGGGCUUAUAUAUGUGAAUGAACAAUAUGAUGGGUGGAAGGCAGAGUGUUUGAGGAUACUCAAAUACAAAUUCGACGUGGCGAAGGGUUCUUUUCCCCCUAAUGAAGAGAUACUUGAAGCAUUAAAGCAAAGUUCAAUUGGACAGGAUUCGAACUUCAAACAGAUUCAGAAACUAUGCAUGCCCUUUAUUAAAUUCAAAAAGGAUGAGACGAAGGAUGUCGGUCCACGGGCUUUGGAUUUGAAGCUGCCAUUUGGUGAAAUGGAGGUAUUAAGGGAGAAUACGGACUUGAUAAAGCGGCAAUUGGGCCUUGAGCAUGUUGAAAUUCUUGAUCCAAGUGACGAAGCCUCUCGUAGUAAAGCGGGCACGCACGUCUCAUUGCUCACGCAGAAUCCCCCUUCUCCUGGAAAUCCUGUUGCCAUUUUCUUAAGCAAUGCGGAAUUCUCUACAAAUUGAUUUUAAAAUUGGGCUUAAGCAUCGAUUAGUUCAUAAUUUUGUAAGAUUUUGCAGCUUGAUUUGUUUUGUUGGGUAACGAAAACCAAAGUUUUGUGCUUAAUUGUUGUGAAAUUGGUUUACAAUGAAACAAGUAUUGUAUAAACUUUCCUCUGGAUUUUUUAUAUAUUCUGUGCCACAUUAUUGUCUUGAA